AUGGCUCCCAAAUCGAAAAAGCAGAUAGAGAUACAUAUUCAGCCACGGGGUCAAGCACGGAAUAAGCAGCGAAGUGCGGCAGUCCCAAACACAACGGCAUCGACCCGCCUAGCAGACGUUUCUCUUAGCUCCUCCUUCAAACUGGAUACUUCGUGGAUACCUGAGUUUCUUAGCGUAUUGAGAUCUUCUUCCACUGUGCUUGUCACAGGGCCCACUGGAUGCGGGAAGUCCACUCAGGUGCCGAUAGCAAUCCGAUACGCUUUUCCGGACUCACGCAUACUGCUGGUCCAGCCUCGCAGACUUCCUACUGAACGCCUAGCUCACUACAUAGCGUCCUUACUUGGUACAACCAUCGGUGAGGAUGUCGGUUUCUUUAUGGGGCGCUGCAACAUCUCUGACAAUAGAACACAGCUUCUGAUUGCAACGGCUGGCGCAGCUUUUAAUCGUAUUGUUUCUCGUCCAGAUGAAUUUGAUUUCAUUAUACUGGACGAGAUUCACGAGGAGUCACCGCAAAUAGAGCAGCUUAAGGCUAUCUGCAAAAUCGCCCAACAGCGAUACAAUUUUAAACUUGUGCUUAUGUCGGCAACAAAGGACCCUCUUGUUCUGCGGACAAUCUUCCCCAACUUCUAUCACUUUGCGAUUGCGGGCACUAGAUUUGAUGCGCAACAAGGCAACUUCCCCGUCAAAGAGUUUUAUGCCGACAUGGGUGACAAAGGUAAGAGGAAAGCUGGACACCACAAUAACCUCAAGAUAACUGCUAUUAUACGUGAUGCACAAUCUUCGGCUAUUUUCAACCACAGACCAUACCUUAAAGCAGCAGCUUCUAUCCUUCUUAACAUACUCAUUAAUUGGGGAGGAGGAGAUAUUAUUGUAUUUCUGCCUGGAAUUGUCGCCAUCACAGACUUUAUAACUAUCUUUGAUAAUAUAGCGACGGCUUGGGCAAGAAACCGGAACAUUAAUAAGCAUGCAUAUAAUAUUUUAGUUGUCCAUUCGGUGUGCAGCGAGGAGUACAAGUUAGACUCCUUGGCAGCCAUGAAUAAGAGUCAGGCCGUGCCCAACAUUUUGUUGGCAACAAAUCUUUGUGAGACCUCCCUUACGCUUCCCACUCUAUACUAUGUAAUAGACACAGGUCUUACCAGGCAAUUUACACUGCAUUCUGGCAGGAAGAAACUUGUAACCACUUUGACGUCUAUCGAGUCCAUGAUUCAACGGAAGGGCAGGGUAGGGCGAGUGCGUCCUGGAGAGUACCACUCAGUGAUCCCCAUGGACGCAUUUCAAUACCUUAGUCCUUGCUAUGCUAGGGAGACCGAGCUGGACAGUUUGCCAUACCUAGUUUUGCUCUCGUUUCUUGGCGCUACCGACUUGGAGGACGAAGAGGAGUCAUCCGGGUCUAUCCUUUCAUCCUUGAUCAACGAGCUUCUGCUGACGUCCAAUCGCUUCACAGUUAUGGAUAUAUUCUACAUCCUGCGCUCUCUUCUUGCUUCUUCCUUGGUCAUUCAGUACGACACAACAAUCAGUAAUAGGAAGGAUCAUCCCAUACAACUGACACAUGAGUAUUUCGCGCAGUACUAUCGCUGCUCCGCUGAUAAUUCAAAUGCAGAUGAAAAGCCCGAGGAUCACUCCGAAGAUAGAGAGCAGUCCUCCAUUGAACCAGAAGAGCAGUCAAGUAAUAUGCCCAUCGACGAGCCUACCGAAAAUGCACAGGAUGAGCUGAAAACCGAUGAAGCUCAAGGCACCAAUGUGCUUCCUCCUGACACAGUCGCUAUGAUUAAAAAUUCUAAACAUUAUGGUGUUAGCGAGCGAGCAAUCCUUCCGCUAAUUAUGAAGUACUCUCUAGACAAAGCACUCGGUUAUUAUUGGCACUUCAUGCUGGGACUUCCGUAUACUGGUAUGGCUGUUUUCUCAUUCAAUGCCAUUAAUCAUUCUAUAUUUAUUUCUGAUUUAGAGAUGAGACUUUCUAAAAGCAAACUUAAGGAUUCAGUAACAAGCAGGGCACUUCUGCUUCUCACAGCCAUCAUUUGUCCGAGCUUUUUUGUAGAGUUUCAUGAUAAGGUAUCUUUCUAUUCUCAUCUGAUGCCAAAGGAUAUUCCGUUAGAAGACUAUGAUCAGGAGAACUUUAAUGACCUUACCGCUAUCACCCUUUUCCGCACCAAUCCAUCUAUGUAUACCCUUGAUGGGUGUUCAGAUGGGGCUGCUUCUGCAAUAAUACUGGCACUUUGGAGAGAGCGCUUCCCCGUCCCUACAGAGCAUCCAACACCCGAGGAGGCCAGGUGGUGCUUAGUGCGUUGUCUCUCGCCAUACUCCCUGAGACAGCUUGAGCUAGAAAUUAUCUCUUGCCGCUCCAAAUUGGCCAAAGUUGGUCUCCUGUCUGAGCCUUCAAGCCACGAGCAGCUUCUCAUAGAGACCAUCUACCCCUUGAGUAAUACCGAGCUUGUCAGUGCAUUACAAUCCUAUGGUUAUUGUUAUAAUGAAACUGAGGAAAGCCAGAAUUGCCAGAACAGCAACAGCAACAGCAACAGCAACUCUAAAAGCUGUUGGAAAAAAUGCGCAGAAGAUAAAGGGUGCAUAGCGUCAACGCUUUCUGUGAUACUCCGGGAAGUGGAGCGCUAUGAUAAAGCAUACUUUAAACUCUGUGCGCUUGCAGACAUCCUGACAGCCAUGGACAAACCUGGAUCUGAAAUUGCAGCAUACUUUGAUAUGCGUCACAAAGCCAUCUUUCCACCUAUGCUCAAGAAGCUUAAUUCUGUUCUUGAGAAGUUACUGAAGAAAUCAAUCUAUUUGAAAUACUUUUCUAAAAAUUAUGUACCACAACAUUUCUUCUUUAACGAGUUUACCGAGAAGUAUGGGGUUACUGACAAAGUCACUGUUAACUUGGCUGGGUAUAGCACAAUAUCAGCCAAUUCAUGUAAAGUAUCCGCCAGGGCAAUCGCUGUCAAUCUUGGGAACAUCAAUAACAUCAUUCGGCGACCAUGGGAGUCUAUUUAUAACUACUGUCCAUAUGAUUCUUCAGUGUCCUUAGAUCUAGUUGCCAGCAAGCAUACCACUGAUUUCCAAAGUUUGACAUUUGACCAAACGGGGUCGCUGAUUUAUUAUCUAUCCAUUCCGUCAGGUAGUCUUGUGGCCGGUAUGCCGAGUAUAGGGUGCCAGACGAAAAUAGCCAAUGGAGCAUACCUCCACAAUGGACCACUUACUACUUUUCUACUUUAUGUUAUAAUUAAUGAUUAUGUAGAUUGCAUAUUUUAUCAAUCUAAGAAGGAUUCUGGUGCGUUUGUUUUCGAGCUUUGCCGCUUUGACCAGCACUUUUAUAGGCUAUACCUAGAUACUACUGAAAAACAAGAUACCUUCUGCUCUAUUUUCAUAGCCAUUUCCUUAGUAUUAGAAAAGUACAUAGCAGCACUGUGUGUCUUCAAUGAAACCGGUGAAAGAAAAUCGCCCGCUGGUAAACAUAAGUACCUAAUCGGCCUAGAUCUUGUUAAACAGUUGUCUGAUAUAUUCGGGCGUGAAAUUCAACUGAACGACCAUACUAAACGCUUUUUGGAAGACUUGGACAAUAGUGCAAACGCGUCUCCCAUCCUCUGCUUCAGCAGAGCUGUGCUAGAGUUCAUAAAUAUGCCCCUGAAUGACGAUACUCCUUAUAUCCCUGGCAUGCUUGGGUUGAUAGACUUAAUAGAUCUGGACGAAUACAAGCUGCUGAGCACCAUUAGGACGUUCGAAUAUCAGAAAGGAACUGGCUCCAUUAUGAACGUGUAA